AUGGACACAGAGAAGAACCCAUGGCCUCCGCUUGUGCAUGAGUAUCCGAUCGACCAUCAAGAUGAUUUUGUGCAACAUGGAGAUGAGGCCGCCGAUGAGAUUGGACCGCUUGAAGCUGUCAGGAUCCGAGAACGACAAGCAAAAAGAAUGGACUCGAUCAUUCCAGUGAUGGGCCGAGAAGGGGCCAAUAUUCAGCUCAAUCUCUACAGGGGAAGAACGGUGGCCGUUUUCACGUCUGGCGGUGAUUCUCAAGGAAUGAACAGUGCUGUUCGAUCGGUUGUUCGAAUGGGAAUCUAUCUUGGAUGCAGGGUUUAUUUCAUCAAUGAGGGAUACCAAGGAAUGGUCGACGGUGGAGAGCAUAUUGCUGAGGCUACUUGGAACUCCGUAUCGGACAUCAUUCAAAAAGGAGGCACAAUCAUCGGAUCGGCUCGUUGUGCUGAUUUUCGUGAACGCGAGGGCAGAAAGAAGGCGGCUUACAACUUGAUCUCUCGUGGAAUCACGAAUUUGGUGUGCAUCGGUGGAGAUGGAUCGUUGACUGGAGCGAACACUUUCAGAAAAGAUUGGCCCGGACUGCUGGAAGAGUUGAUCAAAGAUGGAACUAUUUCACAAGAGCUCGCCGAUCAACACCCGAACAUUCAAAUUGUUGGAUUGGUUGGGUCGAUCGACAACGAUUUUUGUGGAACCGAUAUGACAAUCGGAACGGACACAGCCUUGCAAAGGAUCAUUGAAGCGGUGGACGCUGUCGUCAGUACGGCUCAAUCACAUCAAAGAGCUUUCGUUGUUGAAGUGAUGGGUCGUCAUUGUGGUUACCUUGCACUUGUGGCUGCUUUGGCGUCAGAAGCCGAUUUCUGUUUCAUUCCUGAAUGGCCACCACCAUCCAACUGGAGAGAUAUCCUCUGCCAGAAACUCUCGGUGAUGAGAGGUGAAGGACAACGGCUGAACAUCAUUAUCGUUGCGGAGGGUGCAAUAGAUCGAGACGGAACAGCAAUCUCAGCCGACAUGGUGAAAGACGUUGUGAGCAAGACGCUCAAGUACGACACCCGAGUCACCGUUUUGGGUCACGUGCAAAGAGGAGGACAUCCAUCAGCUUUCGAUCGGAUUCUCGGAUGUCGAAUGGGAGCUGAGGCCGUUCUUGCGCUGAUGGAGAUGACACCCGAAUCCGAACCGUGUGUGAUUUCAAUUGAUGGAAAUUCAAUGGUACGCGUUCCUUUGAUGCAAUGUGUCGAGAGAACACAAGCUGUUCAAAAGGCGAUGAAUGAGAAGGAUUGGGAAACUGCAGUUAGACUUCGCGGGAGAUCUUUCCAAAGAAAUCUUGACACGUAUCGUCUUCUCACCAAGUUGCAUCCAGAGAAGGACAACUUGAGUGGAGGUCAUCAUUUCAACGUGGCCGUCAUGAAUGUUGGAGCGCCAGCUGGAGGCAUGAAUGCGGCUGUUCGGUCUUUCACGCGUAUCUCUCUUUACCAUCGUUGCACCGUUUGGGGAAUAAACGAUUCGUUUGAAGGAUUGAUGAAAGGAAAGCUGACGGAGUUGAAAUGGAGCACGGUGACGAAUUGGGUGAUGCAUGGAGGGUCCUUCCUUGGCACACAGAAGCAACUGCCCACCGCGGAGACGAUACCGAAAAUCGCGGAAACCCUGAAGAAGUUCAACAUCCAAGCAUUGCUACUCGUUGGAGGGUUUGAGGCAUACCAUUCUACUUUGAUUCUCUCGCAACACAGGGAUAAAUUCCCGGAACUUCAAAUCCCGAUGUGUGUCAUCCCAUGCACAAUCUCCAACAAUGUGCCGGGAACUGUGCUAUCUCUGGGCUCGGAUACGGCUGUGAACGAAAUUUGCUCACAAAUCGACAAGAUCAAACAAUCAGCUACGGGAACGAAGCGUCGAGUUUUCAUCAUUGAGACAAUGGGCGGCUAUUGCGGCUAUUUGGCGACCGUUUCGGCUAUUGGAUCGGGAGCGGACAAUGCUUACAUUUUUGAGGAGGACUUCACCGUUGAAGAUAUCAUUGAGGAUGUGCGGGUGAUCACACAGAAGAUGGAGAAAGGCGUUCAGCGGUACUUGAUCGUGCGAAACGAGUGCGCCAACAAGAAUUACACGACCGAAUUCGUGCAGCAGCUUUUCGCCGAAGAAAGCCACGGAGAGUUCUCAACUCGUAUCAAUGUUUUGGGACAUGCACAGCAAGGUGGAAGUCCGACACCAUUCGAUAGAAAUAUGGGCACAAAGUUGGCAGCUCGAGCCACCGAACACUUGAUGACGUUGAUGAAACAACAAUUCGACGGCAAGAACUCGGCAAAUACUCCUGAUACAGCUGUCCUACUUGGCCUCAAUGGAAGAAGAGUUGUCUUCACUCCGGUUGCCGAGUUGGCUGAGGAAACCGAUUUCACACAUCGUUUACCCAAUCAACAAUGGUGGCUCAAAUUGCGUCCCCUUCUUCGCAUUUUGGCUAAACACGCGGACACCUAUAUGACUGAGGCACUCGAGGAUUCGGAGGGAGAAGGGAUU